ACCAAAAACUUGACGAAACUUGACCCCCCAUCUUGUUGCCUCUUCCUCCCUUAUCUUGGUGCAGGCAGAGCUCGCCAUUUCUACACCUGCUGCUUCACUCUUUCACUACCUUCUGCACAACCCCACAUCCAGAUACAUGGUAGAGAAUGUUUUUCGUAUAGCGGUUUUACAACGGAGGUAUGCAAUCUGUAUGUGAACUCUUGUGGAUGUUAAGACCCGAAGUCUUACUUUCACCACAAUUAGCUAGUAAAAAGAGCAAGAAAAUAUUAUUACGGAGGUCAUUAACAAGACGAUGUAUCCGAAACCCUUCACCGAAUUUUUUCGGGUCGUGGAUGGUGGACACAUGGCUCCCUGGACAAUCGUUGAUUUCCGCUCAACCUAGAGAUGAAGGAAAAACAUUGGAAAAUUCCGGAAGUGACUUUUUGGUCUCGAAACAGUUAUUGGGCGAUCUAGAUUUCGAAGAUGACUUCGGUUCCGAAGAUGUUAACGGACUAUACAGCAGAAGUUACCAGCCCGUAGAGGAACCCUGGCUUCUAGAAUCUUCCGAGCUUUUCAAAUCUAAUACGAAAACCGAUUCUUCAAGUUUAUUAAAUAAGAUAUACUUAAAGCAAAAUAGUUCAGAAAACGAAUACCCUGUUGAAGAGCCCUGGUUAUCUAUCGAGAUUCCGAAGAACAAUGCGGGCCCACAAGUUGCAGAAAUACUCUCGCUUGAUAAACCGAGUCUUAACGAGCUUGACGAAAUUCCGAAAAAUUUGUUUUGUGAUAGUGAGAGUAGGGCAGGCGUAGGUAUGCAGGAAGUAUGCGUGGAUACGGUUAUAUUGAUAAACUCUUCGUUAUGUACCAUGCAAAGGGUUGCGGUAAUGGAAGAUGAAAAACUGGUUGAAAUAUUACUAGAACCGAUAAAAAAUAACGUGCAAUGUGAUAGUGUAUAUAUAGGAGUUGUUACGAAACUAGUUCCCCACAUGGGUGGUGCAUUUGUAAACAUUGGGCACUCUAGGGCUUCUCUUGUGGAAAUACGACAUCAUCUCGAGCCGUUUAUUUUUCCUCCGUUUUCUCAUUAUAAAGAUCAUAGAUCGGUAGACGGGUCUUUGCUUGUUGAGCUUCUAGAACAUCCUACUAGAGUUAAUGCGAAAAAGCACAAGUCGGAAGAUGCGGAAGUCAUUGAUAAUACAAGUGAUCCCGAUCAGAACAAUGAUGAUGAUUUUGGAGAGCAUGAUGUAGAUGAUGAGUUUGAUGUGUCAGAAGAUUUUGAACGAAAUGCGAACGGUGCAGUGGUUGGUGACUCUGUGAUGUAUAUUAAUGGAAAGAGGAAUAUAUUUCAACCGAUCGGAAACUCUCGUAAUUCAAAUAGUCAAACCAUGACUAACAUUACUGUCGGCAUGGGAAAUAUAGAUGGUGCAGACGAUAAACUUCAAGAUCGGGAUGCUAGUUCCGAUGGAAGUACGUGGUCCCAAGUUCAACGAGGCACUAAGAUAAUCGUUCAAGUGGUCAAAGAGGGAUUGGGUACCAAAGGCCCGACAUUGACCGCUUAUCCAAAGUUAAGGAGCCGAUUCUGGGUUCUGAUGACACGUUGCAAUAGAAUUGGAAUUUCCAAGAAAAUAUCCGGGGUGGAGAGAACUCGGUUGCGGGUCAUAGCGAAGACGUUGCAGCCACCUGGGUUCGGUCUAACCGUAAGGACCGUUGCCGCUGGUCAUACUUUGGAAGAGCUGCAAAAGGAUCUUGAUGGCUUGCUUUCAAUGUGGAAAACUAUUACCGAACAAGCAACAUCUGCAGCCCUUGCGGCUGAUGAAGGUGUUGAAGGUGCAAUUCCCGCUAUGUUACAUAGAGCAAUGGGCCAAACGCUCUCUGUUGUCCAAGAUUAUUUUAAUCAUAAGGUUAAGAAAAUGGUAGUUGAUUCUCCAAGGAUAUAUCAUGAGGUUACGAAUUAUCUUCAGGAUAUGGCGCCUGAUCUCUGCAACCGCGUUGAGUUGUACAACAAAAAGAAUCCACUUUUUGAUGAGUAUAACAUUGAAGAAGAACUCAACAACAUGCUAAGUAAAAGGGUUGCACUCUCUAAUGGAGGUUAUCUAGUAAUUGAACAAACAGAGGCUUUGGUCUCCAUUGAUGUGAACGGAGGACAAUGUAUGCUUGGUCAUGGGACUUCACAAGAGAAAGCCAUCCUUGAAGUUAAUCUUGCAGCUGCUAAACAAAUUGCUAGGGAAUUACGAUUGAGAGAUAUUGGUGGGAUUAUUGUGGUCGAUUUCAUUGAUAUGUCGGAUGAUUCAUAUAAGAGAUUGGUCUAUGAAGAGGUUAAAAGUGCAGUUGAGAGGGACCGUUCAUUGGUCAAAGUCUCUGAACUUUCAAGGCAUGGCCUAAUGGAGAUCACCAGAAAAAGGGUACGACCUAGUGUGACAUUUAUGAUCAGUGAACCAUGCUCUUGUUGUCAUGCCACUGGGAGAGUCGAAGCUUUGGAAACCUCAUUUUCAAAAAUCGAGCGUGAGAUUUGUCGAUUGCUUGCACAGAUAGAGAAACCAGAUCCUGCAAAGCCUGAAACAUGGCCAAAAUUCGUCCUGAUGGUUGAUCGAUACAUGGGUAGUUAUCUAACUUCUGGAAAGAGGACACGGUUAGCUAUCCUUAGUAGUUCUCUUAGAGUAUGGAUUUUGCUCAAGGUUGCAAGAAAUUUUACUAGGGGUGCGUUUGAGUUAAAGCCACUAGCAGAGUUUAAGGAUGAUAGAGAUGAAGAUGAAAUUAAAAGGCGGCCGCCGUUGCAGCCAUCGAAGAAGACCGCCAGAGAUACACCUAGACGGAAAGUCACCAUCGUUCCCAUCAAUAAGUGGAAGACGGGUGGUGGUGGUGGUAAAUGAACAGAUGUGAGAUUUGGAAAUCUCAUUUUUAGCUACUUUUCUGCUCAUAUCAAAAGGUCACAAGUGAGAACUGUUUUUUUAGAUUAUUUAGUGACAAAUAACAGAAUUUUAUAGAUGGUUAAUGAUGCCAUGCACUUUAGUUUUUUAUUUUUAUUUUUUGUGAUUCAGAGUCUAAAAUAUUUAUUGGGUUAUAACAAAGAAUGAAGAAUUUUGUAAGCAGCGUAUAUCCAUCA